CUACAGCUUAGAGGUGGAUAAAGUUCGUCUCCACGUUGGAAGUGAUUGAAAGUAUUACCCGUUUUUUAGGCACGGUUUUUUAUUAUUUGACAGAAAAGAUAUAUCAAAGAGGAACCCUCGAAGGGGGGACAAACAAAGAAGCUCGGCGGUAAGGAAAGACCUUUUGUUUUGUCGUUGACCGCAAGGCUCUCGGAAGGAAAAGUUUUUCUCGGGACGCAAAGUUGUCAAGUAAGUUGAGCUUCAACAAUAGGCGAGACUCUGCCCCGGGACAUAUGUAGACAACCGAUCGGAGGAAUCUUGAUUUUAUUUGAGAGAAUAACCCCCCGCCGCCCUCCCCCUUCAGGGUGAUCAAAACUUUAUGUCCCGAAAAAUGGAAGCGACUUUCUACGACGAGGCUGUUAAUAACAACAACGCUUCUUCCAACAACUCCCAACAUCAUGAGGGCUCCUCGGGGCCCGGGUUCGGGUUCAACCCCAAAACCCUCAAGCAGACCAUGACCCUGAAUCUAAACGACCCGAAAAGCUGCCUGAAGCCGCAUCUGCUGGGCGGCUCCAGGGCCAGCAAGGCUCUGGACAUCCUGACGUCCCCGGACGUGGGGCUGCUGAAGCUGGCGUCCCCGGAGCUGGAGCGGCUCAUCAUCCAGUCCUGCACCGGCCUCACGACGCCCACCCCGACACAGUUCGACCCGGCCCGGUGUGCAAAGAGCAUCACGGAUGAGCAGGAGGGGUUUGCCGAGGGGUUUGCGAGGGCUCUGGCCGAGCUGCACUACCAGCACAUCCCCGACGCGCAGCAGCCGGCGCGCCCCGACGCGCAAGCGGGUGCGCCGGGAGGCGCGCCCGGUUGCGCGUCGGGGGGCGCCGGCGGAGGUGGCGCACCCUACAGCUGCACAGUCCGCAAUGAUCCGCCGGAAUACACCAACCUGGCCACCUUCAGCCGCCCCCAGGGCUCUGCGUCCGCCCCCGUCAGCGACAGACACCCGCCCGCGGGUUACCCGGCCGGAGCGCAGCCGGCGCCGGCCCCGGCCCCGUGCGCCCCGCACGGCCACGGCGGCCCUGGCGGCCACAUGGACCUCCAUCACCUCCGCCAGCAGCAGCAGCAGCAGCUGAAGGAGGAGCCGCAGACGGUGCCGGAGAUGCUGUCCGGCGACACCCCGCCGCUCUCCCCCAUCGACAUGGAGAACCAGGAGCGCAUCAAGGCGGAGAGGAAGCGCAUGCGGAACCGCGUGGCCGCGUCCAAGUGCCGCAAGCGGAAGCUGGAGCGCAUCUCCCGGCUGGAGGACCGCGUGAAGAACCUGAAGACCCAGAACACGGAGCUGGUCUCCUCCGCCAACGUGCUGCGGGACGAGCUGGCGCUGCUCAAACAGAAGGUCAUGGACCACGUCAACAGCGGCUGUCAGCUCAUCCUGACGCAGCAGCUCCAAGCCUACUAAUGAGAGACUUUCCCACUGGGGACUUUUGCUUGGGGGACCAAAAUGCAACUUUAAAAAAAAAAAAAAAAAAAAAAAAAAAAAAAAAUGGCCUGUUGAGCCUUUUCAGGGAUUUUUUCCAGCGAAUCCACUCAAGACUGCACGGACUUGUAUGAUUCACUUGUAGAGGUGUUUAAUCCAGGUGGCAUAAAGUAGAAAUCCUGUCCAGCAGUUGUUCCAACCGGUCACUAAAGCAGCUCCUCUGCAGGUAUAGAUGGUAAGUUGUUAGGGGAAAACACCUGUUUUAAAUGUACUGGCAUAUGUUUUAAUGAGCAAAUAUCAGCUUAAUGUAAAGAAAAUGAUUUGACUAAUGGUGCUUUGAGACUGACCCCAUGUCAAAAUGGGUCUUUUAAUUUAAGAUUGAUUCAAAACUUUUGAUUUUGUAAAAAAACCAACAUUAAAGCACACUCCAGGUGCCAUAAAGUAAAAACGCUGCCAUGUUUCUGGAUCAGCCUGUACAUUUAGAACAAGUGUUUUCACCAACGACCUAUACCAUCUACCUGCAGAUGAGCCGGUUUAGUGAUUGGUUGGAACGACUGCUGGACUGGAUUUUUACUUUAUUCCACCUGGAUUAUAAACCUCUGUUCACUUGUCAAUAUGGUUAUUGCAGAACAGAAGCCAGCCAGUCUGUUGUCCAGCUCAGAGAUCCUUUUACUUUGUUUACCACACCACUUGCUUGCGUUUGCGCGUACCGAGCUGGCCCAGGCAGCUGCAGAUGGACAGAACCAUGAAGAGGGCCCCUGGGGGCCCCCAGGCCCCUUAGGGCCCUGCUCUGCAAACCCCCCCCAUGUUCAGUAGCAAAGCAUGCAUUCAAACUUGAGUCGAGCACUGAAUAUCUCAUGCACAAGCGAGCAUAUGUACAGAAUAACACUAACUAAUGUCACACCUUUUUGGACUUUUACAGGUGUGUGUGUAGCGUUUACUGACAAACUGCCUUACUUUCAUACCAUUUAAGUUCAUACGACUUUCUUGUUAUGGGUGUAAACUGUUAAAAGAGAGCUAAAAUAACACUUUGUAAUAUUUGUAGCCUCCUCCGCAGCAUUUUUGAGCACUUAAAAACUGUAAAUAUGUCAAAAUAAAAAGAAUGCAAAUGAA